UGCCAGAACUUCACUUCUUACGUUAACGCUUCAGGAACGCAACCACAGUUGCUGUCUAAAGGAACAAGUUGUCCGUUCUGCUCCUGUCAAGGAACACAAAAUUCUCCCAAUGGACUGUUUAGCAACAUCAAUCAACCAGUUUGCCCUCGAUUUAGGCAAAAAGUUAGCUGAAUCUGCUGAGGAUAAAAAUGUUUUCUUUUCUCCCUGGGGCAUCUCCACUUGCCUGGCCAUGGUGUAUUUGGGCACCAAAGGGAUCACUGCAGCUCAAAUGGCCCAGGUGCUCCGACUCAGCAGAGACCAGGACAACAAAUGUCCUGAACGUGAAAAGAAAAGGAAAAUGGAAAUCAACUUGAGUAGUGUUGAAGAAAUACACUCUCACUUCCAGACACUUAUCUCAGAAAUUGCCAAGCCCAGCAAUUCCUACCUACUUAAAACAGCCAAUGGGAUCUAUGUGGAGAAGGCAUAUCCAUUUCUCAAUAAAUACUUAGAAGACAUAAAAACCUAUUUUGGAGCAGAACCACAGUCUGUGAACUUUGUGGAAUCUUUUGACCAAAUCCGAAACGAGAUCAACUCUUGGGUUGAAAGGCAAACUGAGGGUAAAAUUCCUAAUCUUCUCCCAGAGGAGUCUGUGGAUUCCACCACCAGGAUGGUUCUGGUGAAUGCCUUAUACUUUAAAGGAACUUGGGAACAUCAAUUCUCAGUGAAAAAUACUACAGAAAGGCCAUUCAGAAUAAACAAGGCUACAAGCAAACCAGUGCAGAUGAUGUCCAUGAAACAAGAGCUGCGUACUUUUUACAUUGAAAAUCCGCAAGCCAUGGGCCUUCAACUCUACUAUGAGAACCGUGACCUCAGCAUGUUUAUAAUUCUGCCAGAAAAUGUUAAUGGAUUGGAACAGCUGGAAAAGACCAUAACAUACGAGAAGUUGAACGAGUGGACUCGUGAGGACAUGAUGGAGCUGUACGACGUGCAGCUGCACCUUCCCAAAUUCAAGCUGGAAGAGAGUUAUGAUCUCAAGUCGGCCCUUAGCAGCUUGGGCAUGAGCGAUGCCUUUAGCCAGAGCAGGGCUGAUUUCUCUGGAAUGUCUUUGGAGAGAAACCUAUUUCUGUCCAAUGUUUUCCACAAAGCUUUUGUGGAAAUAAAUGAGGAGGGGACAGAGGCUGCUGCUGGCACUUCAAGUGAGGUGCGCUUUAGAAUUAGGGUCCCCUCCAUUGAAGUCAAUGUAGAUCACCCAUUCCUUUUCUUCAUCAGGCACAACAAAACCAAAAGCAUUCUCUUUUAUGGAAGGUUCUGUUCCCCUUAAUCCUGCAUCUUGGUCUUUGAGAAACAAAAUCUUGCAGUGUACAGAAUUCACUGCAGAGGGAGAAGCAUGAUUACUCCGUCAGUGUGUAAUCUGGACGUCCUCCCCAUCAGAAUAUUAAU